AUGGCGACCAUCGCAGCUGGGACAGCCGUUCCCACAGCAGCGCUCACUGCCAGCAGAGCAGCUUCCGCCGCUUCCGCCUCCACGAGCUUCGCCCGCUCCGUCGUCCCCGCGCCUCUCCCCGCUCCCCUCUCCGCCGCUCCCCGCGCGGGUCGCAACCACCUCCUCCGCUGCCGCGCUGCUGCUGUCGAGGACGGAGCCGUGAAGGAGGUGCCGGUUGAGGCUGAGGAGCUGAGCAAUGGCGCAGCUGUGGCCGCGCCGACUGCGGACGAGGUGCAGUCGCUGCUGAUGGAGCUCUGCGACGAGACUCACAUCGCCGAGCUCAAGGUCAAGGUCGGCGCCUUCUCCCUGCACGUCAAGAGGGACGUGGACGGCAGCAUCGGGCAUGCCGUGGCUGCAGCUGAAGCCUCCGCCGCGGCCGCCGCCGCCCCUGCGGUGUACGCCGCGCCAGUGCCCGCCUUCCCCAUGGCGGAGUCCCUCCCCCCCGCUGCUGCCCCCGAGCCUGUGGCGGAAGUGGCGGCGGAGCCCGCCAAGGCGAGCGACGAGGGCCUUGUCUACGUGACGUCGCCGCGGGUGGGCAUCAUGCGACGUGGCAAGCUGUACAAGGGCAAGCACGGCCGGCCGAUUGUGCUCGAGGGUGCGGUGGUCAAGAAGGGACAAGCCAUUUGCUUUUUGGAGCAGCUGGGAACCAACCUCACGAUUGAGACGGAGCAUGCUGGCACAGUGGUCGAUUUCCUGGUGGACGAUGGAGUCCCUGUCGGCUACGGUGAACCCCUGGCGGCCAUUCGCCCGUCUUUCCCGGGCAUCAUGAAGCUGACCUGA